AGAAAACCGACGGCGACCGAGAAGACUCGCUGACACACACGACGGCAACCACAUUUCCAUCUAGAAAAAGCGACGGGAAGUCAGCACUCAGCAGCCCAAGAACGGGGAUCAAUCCCUCAGAAAGGGUGAAGAGAACGAGAAUCAAGGCUACUCGUAGCGGCCCCAACUACCCGGAAGAACAGAAAGCGAAGCAAGAACGCGAGACUCCCACUCUCCUCGCGUCGCACCGCACCACCUUUCCGCCGAGCAAGGCAAGAAUCCUCGCCCGGCGAUCCCCAGCCGGAUUCCCGAUGGCCGCAGCCGCCUCCUCGCUGGCGAGGCGGGCCGUCUCCUGCCGCCGCCUGCUCCUCUCCCGCGCCUUCGCCGCCGCCGCCCGCCCGGCCAAGCGGGUGCUCGUGCCGGUCGCCGCCGGCACGGAGCCGGUCGAGGCGGCCGCCACGGCCGACGUCCUCAACCGCGCCGGCGCGCGGGUCACCGUCGCGACCGUCGCCUCCGCGCCGGCCGGGGACGAGGGACUCCUCGUGGAGGCCGCCUACGGGGUCAAGCUCGUCGCCGGCGGCCGCGUCGCCGACCUCGAAGGCGAGGCCUUCGACCUCAUCGCCCUGCCGGGCGGGAUGCCGGGGUCAGUUAAUCUUAGAGAAUGUAAAGUACUCGAGAGGAUGGUCAAGAUGCAUGCGGAGAAGGGGGAACUCUACGGCGCCAUUUGCGCUGCGCCGGCAGUGACGUUGGCCCAUUGGGGCAUGCUCAAAGGUUUAAAGGCGACUUGCUACCCGUCAUUCAUGGAGAAGUUCACUGCUGAAGUGAUCCCUGUGAACUCCAGGGUGGUGGUGGAUAGAAAUGUGGUGACCAGCCAGGGUCCGGGAACAGCAAUUGAAUUUGCUCUUGCUCUGGUGGAGCAGCUAUAUGACAAAGAGAAGAUGGAGGAGGUUGCUGGACCUCUGUAUGUCCGCCCUCAACAUGGCGCUGACUAUACCAUCAAAGAGCUUAAUUCAGUUGAAUGGAAAUGCAGUGGUACACCUCAGGUUCUUGUGCCAGUUGCUAAUGGUUCAGAGGAAAUUGAAGCUCUUAAUUUAAUAGACGUCUUGCGUAGAGCAGGCGCAAAUGUUACAGUUGCGUCAGUUGAGGAUACCCUGCAAAUCGUGACCCGGCGUCACAAGUUUAAUCUGAUAGCUGACAUGAUGUUGGACGAAGCUGCUAAAAUGGAAUUUGAUCUGAUUGUCAUGCCGGGCGGUCUGUCGGGUGCUCAAAAGUUUGCUAGUACAGACAAACUUGUUGAUUUACUAAAGAAGCAGGCAGGAUCUGGUAAAGCCUAUGGUGCAAUAUGUGCUUCCCCAGCUCAUGUCCUCGAGCCCCACGGUUUACUGAAGGGGAAGAAGGCGACGGCGUUUCCACCCAUGGCGCACUUGCUUACUGAUCAGAGCCUAUGUGAGAACAGGGUUGUGAUUGACGGUAAUCUUAUCACUAGCAGAGCCCCAGGGACUGCGACGGAGUUCGCCCUGGCCAUUGUUGAGAAGCUAUUUGGUCGAGAGAAAGCGGUCAGUGUAGCUAAGGAGUUUGUUUUUAUGUGAUCACAACCUGAGUUGGUGCUGUGUGCAGUGCAAAGUGCAAAACUGUGGAUAACCACACCUCUGUGUACAUAAUGCCCUGCACUGGUAGGAACUGCUUGUGCAUCUGCUGGAACUAUAGAAGCAUACCGUAAACAGAGAGGUGAAUGUACACCAUAAUUUCCAUGUACAUACGGAGUUAUCAUCUUAGCUUCGUCGAGGAACUGAGAAACUGCAGUAAGUCAUACUAUCAAUUGUUAAUAAGCUGUUCGGUCAA